AUGGCGCCCGCCGAAGCGUCACUGUCUCAGCUCAGGCUACUGAUUCUAUCACCUGCCAACGCAUCAAAGUCCACUCCAUCGGCAUUUCCACCAGUCUUGAAAUAUCUCACAGCGACUGCACCAUCAGAGAACGUGGAAAAUUUCGCCGGCUACACCAGUCAUGUCCCAAUCAGGUUGCGCACAAAAUACUACACUAAGGACGUGAGCCUCUGGUGUGACGAAUUGCCGGAUUUGUUGGCGGAUGGCAACAAGGCGAACGAAGGCAGGAGGGAAGAGGGCGAUGGGACGGCAGGAACACAGUCUAAUGGAGAGGACGGCACAACGCUCGACGAAUGGCAGGAGCAGAUGUUGUCAGCAGCAGCAGCAGAAGUCAGGAGCGUAAUCGGCGGCAUUAUAUUGAUUAUGCCUAUAAAGGCUUCCACAAAACUUCCCAUCUGGCUCAUCGACUACGUCAGAGCUGUUCACAGCCUACGUGAAGCUAUCGAGGACGAUUCGCCUGGUCGAGACAUCGCUUCGGCCGUUAUCCUGCAGCCCGAAGCGAUACCGAUGGUCCAGCAAUCGAGUGUUUCAUCAGUUCUGAAGGCACUCGACGAUACCGCCGAGGCACUGUCAUCUGAGUGUUUAGAGAACGACAUGCUAGGCUGGGACGUCGUUCAUUGGCUUGGUGACGAUGACCCAAGUGAAGUCAUCCACACUCAGACAGGCCCACGCAAUGAAUUUGGUGAAAGGAUUGGCAUCGCCCGAAUUUUCGAAGUUCUGGAAAGCGUGGACUGGUCGGCUGCUCCGGACCCGACUGAGGAGACGGAGGACGGCGCUGCAGGCGACACCGGGUCUCUAGGCAGACAGAGGCUGACAGGCCUGGACGAUGAGCUGCAAGAAGAAAUGCUGGGCUUGAAGCUCUCGAUGAUGGAAGAGCAGGCGUUGUCAGAUGAUGAGGCUGGUGGGGAGGACUUGUCGAUAGAGCAGAUGGAGCAGCUUCAAGGUCGCAUUCUAGCAAUUCGAGAGGCUGCGUCGGGUAUGUCGGGCUCGCAAAAGGAGCUCUUUGCACAGCGGGAGAUCGAUAGGAUCAUGAAGGAAUUAUAG